UCCCCUCUCCCGCGUGGAGCACCCCUCAGCCCCCAUGCUCUCCGACCCCGCCGCCACCCGGUGGCCGACCCUGCCGCUGCUGCUGCUACCGCUGCUGCUGUGGCUGCUGCCGCCGCCGCCGCCACUGGUCUGCGGCGCCCCAGCCGGACCCGGAACCCAGGGGCAGGCCUCGGAACUGGUAGUGCCCACGCGGUUGCCGGGCAGCGCGAGCGAGCUCGCGUUUCACCUGUCCGCCUUCGGCCAGGGCUUCGUGCUGCGCCUGGCACCCGACGCCAGCUUCCUGGCGCCCGAGUUCAAGAUCGAGCGUCUCGGGGGCUCCCGCGCGGCGGCUGGGGGCGAGCUGGGGCUGCGCGGCUGCUUCUUCUCCGGCACAGUGAAUGGGGAGCCAGAAUCGCUGGCGGCCGUCAGCCUGUGUCGCGGGCUGAGUGGCUCCUUCUUGCUGGCGGGCGAGGAGUUCACCAUCCAGCCGCAGGGCGCCGGGGACUCCCUGGACCAGCCGCACCGCCUGCAGCGCUGGGGGCCCGGGGCGCGCGGUGAGGACCAGGUGUUUGCGGAAGCCUUCCCCCUCCCUCAAGGACUCGAGUGGGAGGUGGAGAUGGGAGAGGCGCAAGGGCAGGAGAGAGGCGACGACGCACAGGAGCAGGACAAAAGGAAGGUGCGCAAAGAAGAGGCAGAAAGCUCCAGCGAAUUGCCACCACCCUCCGGGGCCACAACUAGGAGCAAGCGGUUUGUGUCCGAGGCUCGCUUCGUGGAAACGCUGCUGGUGGCCGACGCAUCCAUGGCUACCUUCUAUGGGCCCGACCUUCAGAACCACAUCCUCACAGUGAUGUCCAUGGCAGCCCGAAUCUACAAGCACCCAAGCAUCAGGAACUCCAUCAACCUUGUGGUAGUAAAAGUGCUGAUAGUGGAAGAAGAAGGAUGGGGCCCAGAGGUGUCGGACAACGGUGGGCUCACACUGCGCAACUUCUGCAGCUGGCAGCGGCGUUUCAACAAGCCCAGUGACCGCCACCCAGAGCACUAUGACACUGCCAUUUUGUUCACCAGACAGAACUUCUGCGGGAAGGGGGAGCAGUGUGACACCCUGGGGAUGGCAGAUGUCGGCACCAUCUGUGACCCUAACAAGAGCUGCUCCGUGAUCAAGGAUGAGGGUCUGCAGGCAGCCUACACACUGGCCCAUGAGCUAGGGCACGUUCUCAGCAUGCCCCACGAUGACUCUAAGCCCUGCAUGAGACUCUUUGGGUCCAUGGGCAAAUACCACAUGAUGGCACCGUUCUUCAUCCACGUGAACAAGACGCUGCCUUGGUCUCCCUGCAGUGCCAUGUACCUCACAGAGCUCCUGGACGAUGGCCAUGGAGACUGUCUCCUAGAUGCCCCUACUUCAGCCCUGCCCCUUCCCACAGGCCUGCCAGGCCACAGCACCCUCUAUGAGCUGGACCAACAGUGCAAGCAGAUCUUUGGGCCUGACUUCCGCCACUGCCCCAAUACCUCCAUGGAGGACAUCUGUGCCCAGCUCUGGUGCCGCCACCAAGAUAGCAAUGAGCCAGUUUGCCACACAAAGAAUGGCAGCCUGCUCUGGGCUGAUGGUACGCCCUGUGGGCCAGAGCACUUCUGCCUGGAUGGCAACUGUCUGCCCAAGGAGGAAAUGGAGACUCCCCAGGCUGUGGUAGAUGGAGACUGGGGCCCAUGGGGACCCUGGGGAGAAUGUUCCCGAACCUGCGGAGGAGGAAUACAGUUUUCACACCGUGAGUGCGAUAAGCCUGAGCCCCAGAAUGGAGGAAGAUAUUGCCUGGGUGAGAGAGCCAAGUACCAGUCAUGCAAGACAGAGGAAUGCCCGCCUAACGGAAAAAGCUUCAGAGAGCAGCAGUGUGAGAAAUAUAAUGCCUACAACCACACUGACCUGGAUGGGAAUUUCCGGCAGUGGGUCCCCAAAUAUUCAGGGGUGUCCCCCCGGGACCGAUGCAAGCUGUUUUGCAGAGCCCGGGGGAGUAGUGAGUUCAAAGUGUUUGAAGCCAAGGUGAUCGACGGCACUCUGUGUGGGCCUGAUAGUCUGUCCAUCUGUGUACGGGGCCAGUGCGUCAAGGCUGGCUGUGACCACGUGGUAAACUCACCUAAGAAGCUGGACAAAUGUGGAGUAUGUGGGGGCAAAGGCACUUCCUGCAGGAAGGUCUCUGGUUCCUUCACCCCCUCCAGUUAUGGAUACAAUGACAUUGUUACCAUCCCAGCUGGUGCCACAAACAUUGAUGUGAAACAACGGAGCCACCCAGGGAUCCAGAAUGACUUUAGCUACCUAGCUCUGAAGACAGUCAACGGGCAGUACCUGCUCAAUGGAAACCUGGCUAUCUCUGCCUUAGAACAGGACAUCUUGAUCAAGGGGACCAUUCUAAAAUACAGUGGCUCCAUGGCGACCCUGGAGCGGCUGCAGAGCUUCCGGGCCCUACCUGAGUCUCUGACAUUGCAGCUCCUGACUAUACCUGGUGGGGUCUUCCCCCCAAAAGUCAGAUAUACCUUCUUUGUUCCCAAUGACAUGGACUUCAGCAUGCAGAACAGCAAAGAGAGAGCCACCACCAACAUCAUCCAGCCACUGCCCCAUGCAGAGUGGGUGCUGGGGGACUGGUCUGAGUGUCACAGCACUUGUGGAGGUGGAUGGCAGCGGCGGACUGUGGAAUGCAGGGAUCCCUUAGGCCAGGCCUCUGACACCUGUGAUGAAGCUCUGAAACCUGAGGGUGCCAAGUCCUGUGGAAGUCAGCCAUGUCCCCUGUGACCCCUGGGGGGAAUGUCUUAUGUUCAUGAACUUGGGCUGCUGGGAUAUAGACAAGGGUCCCCUCUGAGGUGAUGUUACAUACCAAGAUGGCAUGGACCUCCCAUAUUGCUGCAGCCCUUUGGGUACUGUCCAAAUUCAUAAGUGGGGAAGAGAAGAGAGUAUAAGGAUGACAGAUCCUACAGUUGACUGUCUAGUGGACUGACCUUGCUUAGAUUCUGGUAGAGAGCAUAGGUUAAAAGGUAAAAGUGCACUUAUUGACCCAAAUGGAAGACUUCAGAACCAGCCUCUUUGCAAAGGACUAGCAAAGUUAAAUUAAAAAAACAAUAUUUUCUAUUUGGUUUCCCCAAUAAACAAUCUACCUCACAGGGGGGAAAUAUCAGUUUAAGAGAGAUAUGGGGCCAGGAGUUGAUGGUGAUGUCAAAACAAGCUCCAUAGCUAACCCAGAGCUGUCUUUGGAAAUGACCAUGACUAUCUUCAGUGUCUAAAGGGUGGUGGUGUCUGUCACAGGGUUAUAGAGAGUCACAUGUUCUCAGGCUGCCACCUGCUAGGGUGGACCCAUUUCAAAUAUUUAUGCAAAUCUGUCUCUGAACUAAAGUGUGAUCUUAUGCCAAUAACAUGGUCUAGUCUGGUUCAUUACUUCUUUGACAAAGGCAGGGACCCAGAACCCAAAGAUGAAGGCUAAACUAGGUCAGGUCACUGCAAGCAUGGUUGGGGCAGUUGACAUCUUGCCUGUGUCUUGUCAAACUUUCAA